CAGUUAUUUUCUAUUUCACUCCUAGUCUCACCCCUCUCGCGGUCCGUUCUCCAGACGCAGCAGCUCGGCUGGUAUACGCCUAUUACCGGCCAACCACCCUGUCCCCCAGAGAGAAGAGAAAGAAUACAUGGGACACAACGAAAGAUAAAUUAUCCUAGUUUGUAGUUUAGAUUUAUCCAGGACAAUCAGAGCGGAUAUCCAUCGACACAGAAAGAAACCCCGCCUUUACUCGUCUCGCGGUCUCUCAACUUCUCCCACCUACUCUUUCUUUUUAUCUCAAUCCUUCUUUCUAUUUAUUUAUUUUUUGACUGGAUGGAAAGAUGUGGAUAAACGGCGGAAGUGGUCAGGUCGGACCCUAAUCGAACACAACGAGACACCCGGGCCGUCACGAACGCAGCAGACAGAAUAUAUUCAACAGGACGGAGCUAUACUUUCUCCGGUUGGACUGAUUUUCUGCUCAGCGGUCGAACUUUUUGAAAAUUGCAUAUAGGCUACCGCUUUCUGUUCCGUGUGCUCUAACCCAAAGUCUCAUACAUCGCCUUGGACCUCAGUGAGAGGGGAUUGGGACCAAAUAUGGUGUCCAGUCUGAGCGAGUGGUUCUGGAAUGAGCGGCUGUGGUUCCCUGAGGGGCUGGGUUGGGCUGACCUGGAGGACAAAGAUGGCCGUGUCUACGCCAAGGCCAGCGACCUUUGGGUGGUGCUACCCAUUGCCCUAGCCUUCCUCGUAAUACGACAGAUCUUCGAGAGGUUAGUGGCCACCCCACUGGCUGCUGUCAUGGGGGUGAAGGAGAAAGUUCGGCUCAUAGUCUCACACAACCCCACACUGGAGUCCUUCUACUGUAACACAACCAAGAACCCCUCACAGAGUUCUAUAGACAGUCUGUGUAAGCAGACAGGUUGUUCAGAGAGACAGGUGCAGAGAUGGUUCAGGAGACGCAGGAACCAGGACCGACCCAGUCUACUGAAGAAGUUCAAAGAGGCCAGUUGGAGAUUCACCUUUUACCUUCUUGCUUUCAUUGCUGGCCUGGCUGCCCUCAUUGACAAACCCUGGCUGUAUGACUUUAAGGAGAUGUGGCAGGGCUUCCCUAUUCUGACUCUCCUGCCGUCUCAGUAUUGGUACUAUAUGAUAGAGCUGGGUUUCUACGUCUCUCUAAUCUUCAGUGUGGCAUCAGACGUCAAACGGAAAGACUUUAAGGAGCAGAUGGUUCACCAUAUGGCCACCAUCUUCCUCAUCAGUUUCUCCUGGUGUGUCAACUACAUCAGAGCGGGUACGCUCAUCAUGCUGCUGCACGACUCCUCUGACUAUUUACUGGAGUCCGCUAAGAUAUUCAUCUAUGCUGGAUGGAGAAACACCAGUAACUACGUCUUCUUCCUCUUCGCUGCCGUCUUCAUCUUCACUAGACUCUAUAUCUUCCCCUUCUACAUCAUUUAUUCUACGUACAUUUAUCCGAUGACUAUGUACUCUCCGUUCUUUGGAUACUACUUCCUGAAUUUCCUUAUGAUGGUGCUGCAGUGUCUCCAUAUCUUCUGGGCCAUCCUCAUUCUGCGUAUGGCCGUCCGCUUCCUGAGCAGCGAUGAAAAGGUGGAGGACGAGAGGAGCGAUAAAGAAGAGACUGACGAGUCAGGGGAGGAAGAGGAGGGGGUGGAGAAGAAAGGUGUGGUGCAGAAUGGUCACGCCGCUCACAACAACCACCGCAAGACGGAGUAAUGAAAACGUGUGCCAGGAAGUAAGAGUGUGAAGAAUUCACAUCCCUCACUCAGCAGAGUGGGAGAGAUGGAGGGAAGGGGAAAGGGAGAGAUGGAGGGAAGGGGAAAGGGAGAGAUGGAGGGAAGGGGAAAGGGAGAGAUGGAGGGAAGGGGAAAGGGAGAGAUGGAGGGAAGGGGAAAGGGAGAGAUGGAGGGAAGGGGAAAGGGAGAGAUGGAGAGCAGAGGAAAGGGAGAGAUGGAGAGCAGAGGAAAGGGACAGAGUGGUAAGGAAAAUGGACGAAGGAGAAGGAAAGGCAUUCCUAAAGCCUGAGAACUACAGGUAGACCUGUACCUGUGGUUAAAUACACUGUUCUACAUUAUAAACACUCAAUCACACACACAAUUUUGGAUAUACUACAUUAAUUGGCAUGGACCUGUUAUUAUAGUCCAUUAAUAA